AUGUCGACGUCAUAUCCCCGUGUUGUUCGAUUCACCAACGGCUAUCUUCUCAAAGAUGGGGAAUUGGUGCCCGGGGAUCUUUGGGUGUCGUCCGAAACAGGGCGCAUCAUGAGUCCCCAGUCGGCCUUCUAUUCCUCACACCUGAGACCCGACAGAACAGUCGAUCUUCGAGGCAGGAUCCUGUCUGCCGGCUUCAUCGAUGUCCAGAUCAAUGGUUCCCACAAUUUCGACUUCUCAACACCCGACCCAGACUUCGCCUCCAAGUUGACUCACACUACCCAGCAGAUGAUCAAGACGGGCCUUACCUCAUUUGUCCCGACCGUCAUCAGCACAACGCCAGAGAGUUAUCAUGCUGUGCUUCCUCAUCUCGGUCCCUCUGGGAAGACUCGUGACGCCAGUAAAGGCUCGGAGAGUCUCGGCGCACACAUCGAAGGGCCCUUUCUCUCCCCGGUGAGAAAUGGAAUCCACAACAAGGAGGUCUUGCGGGAAGCGCAUUCUUGGGCCGACAUCGAGGAAUGCUACGGUGCAGAAAAUCUUCACAAUGUCAGAUACAUCACUGCUGCUCCGGAAAGGGGACACAUGAUGAGCCUAAUCCCUGAAUUUGUCGGCCGCGGCAUCGUCUUUUCCGUGGGUCACUCUGAUGCCACGUUUGAACAGGCGCAGUCUGCCAUGGCGGCGGGGGCGUCCAUGGUCACACAUCUUUUCAACGCCAUGCGUCCUUUCGGACAUCGGGAUCCUGGUAUUUUCGGUCUUCUGGGACAAUCGGCCCCUUCAACCCCAGUGGCCACGCCCAAGACCAGCCGCCCGGCAAGUCCAUCAGGAUCGCCACAAGGCUCUCCACAAUCGUCGAGAAGGUCCACCCCUCGUUCCAGCCUCAGCAUCAGCACCUCUAUGUCGGAAUUGGAAGAAGCGGCAGCGCGAUACAGGCAGCCCUAUUUUGGCCUCAUCGCCGAUGGCAUCCACCUGUCGGCGCAGACCCUCAAAAUUGCCUAUUCUGCUCACCCGGAAGGCGCAAUCCUUGUCACCGAUGCACAGAAGUUUGCCGGAUGUCCCGACGGAGCCUACGAGUGGCGAGGAGAAGACCGCUUCAUCAAGGAAGGCAAGCUGCUCAAGCUGGAGAGCAACGGACGUAUCGCCGGCAGCGUGGUUGACUUGAUCGACUGCGUGAACAACUUCAAGCGAUGGACCGGUUGCGGAACGGCGAAAGCGUUGGAAUGCGUGACUAGCACCCCGGCUAAGAUGCUGGGCAAGGACGUCGAGAAGACCAAGGGCCGACUUGAAGUGGGCAUGGACGCGGAUCUGGUGGUGCUGGAGGAGGGUCUCGAGGGAGAUCUGACUGUGCAGCAGGUCUGGAAGUUCGGACUCCAGGUGGUCUAA